UUCCAUGUUUAGGUCCACAUGUACUCAAUAUUUAGCUCACAUUUAUAAGUGAGAAUGUCAGAGGUGUUUAAAACAGAGCAACUCCAUCUUGAAUAGGUAGGGGCUAGGCAAAAUAAGGCUAAGACCUGGGCUGCAUUCCCAGUAAGUUAAGGCAUUCUUAGUCACAGGAUGAGAAAGCUCAGCACAAGAUACAGAUCAUAAAGACUUUGCUGAUAAAACAGGUUGCAGUGAAGAAGACAGCUAAAAUCCAUCAAAACCAAGAUUGCAAUGAAAGUGACCUCUGGUUGUCCUCCCUGCUAUACUCCCACCAGCAUCAUGACAGUGUACAAAUGCCAUGGCAAUGUCAGGAAGUUAGCCUAUAUGGUCUAAAAAAGGGAGGUGUGAAUAAUCUGCCCCUUGUUUAGUGUAUAAUCAACAACCACAAUAUGGGCAACCAGCUGCCCUCAGAGCUGAUCUGCGUAUGGAGUAGCCAUUCUUUAUUCCUUUACUUUCUUAAACUUCCUUUCACUUUAGGGACUUACCCUGAAUUCUUUCUUGCAUGAGAUCCAGGAAUCCUUUCUUGGGAUCUGGAUAAGGACCCCUUUCAGUAAGAAGAACAUGCCGUAUUUGGUUUUUUGUUCUGUUGUAAGCUAUUUUCGCAGGCUGAACCUUAUUCUGAAAACCGUAGAAAGCCACUGAAAGAUUUUAAAUAAGAAGAUGAUACAAUUAUACUUUGAUUUUGAAAAAUUCUGCUUUCCUAUGGAGAAAGGUUUGGAGAGAAACAAGGCGGAUGGCAGGAUAAGACGAGGCAACUGCAGUAAUGGAGACAAGGCUGACAGUGAUUUGAAUUGAAGUUUGCCAGUAGGAAUGGAGGAUAGUGGUCUGAUUCAAAAAUCAACAAGACCUAGUGAUUGGAUGAAUGUUAAAGACAAGUCAGAGUCAAAGAACUAGGAAAGCCAGGUUUGGUGACAUCUUUAAAGAACAUGGAACAGCCAAAUAAGGAUUUCUGUCACUCUCCUAAGAAAUCUUCAAAUAGCUCAACCUACUCAACAUCAAGUUACUCUUCUUCAGGGAAGAGACAGAACCUCGCCUGUUUCCUCACAAACCCACACUGUGGCAGCCUCAUUAAUGCAGAUGGCCAUGGUGAAGUGUGGACAGAUUGGAAUAGUAUGUCCAAAUUUUUCCAGUAUGGAUGGAGAUGCACCACUAAUGAGAAUACUUAUUCAAACCGUACCCUGAUGGGCAACUGGAACCAGGAAAGAUAUGACCUGAGGAAUGUCGUGCAGCCCAAACCCUUGCCUUCUCAGUUUGGACACUACUUUGAAACAACAUAUGAUACAAGCUACAACAAAAUGCCACUUUCAACACAUAGUACGUAGACUGUCUUUUCUAAUUCUUACAUUUUGAGAACCUAACUCAGUGACUGGCACGUAGAAGGAACUCAAAUAAAAGUAAACUGAGUAGGUGAAUAAAUGAGGCUGUGCACAGCGUCUCACGCCUGUAAUCCCAGCACUUGGGAAGGCUGAGGCAAGCA